UAGGUAAACAAAUGGCGGCAGAAAUUGAGUCGAGUGAUGAAGAAAUCGUUAGUUCUCGACGUCGAAGAUUAAGUUCUGGUAGGAAAAGACAGUUGUUCACAGAUUCUGGUAAUGAUUCCAGUGACGCGGAGAACGAGUCUUGUACUAAACAAGACAAACAAUCCCUGGGAAGAAGUUCAGAACGCAUCCGGAAACGACAUUCCCAAGAGUUCCGAAUGCCUGAUAAGAAUGAAUAUUGGAACAAAAUUCCCGACUGUCACAGUACUGUAGAGAGUGUGAAAUCUUUGACACCGAGAAAAGUAAUCAGCAACUUAACUAAAGUGUACAAUAGUUACAAUGCAGAUACAUAUGAUACUGAUGAAGAUGAAAUGAGCGAGUUUAUUGUAGAAGAUGAUGAAAUUGACGACGAAAACAGUACAAGCGAUGGAACUGACGAUGAUGAAAAAAGGCAUACGGGACGCAUAGAUAGGAGCAGAACAGAGUUUUCUGAAACAAAAUUGCAUAGGCUACGCGAGAUUUCAAGUUCCGAUUCAGAAUCGGAGGGAAACCAUGUCAAAAACGCUACCAAUCAAAAAGAAGCAAACGAGGAUAGCAAAAGUCAUACGAAUAAGGAUACUAGUGUAUGUAAAAUACCAUCCAGUUCAGAUGAAUCUGUUGAUGGAACAUUAAACAAUGAACGUUUUGAACAAGAAUCUGACUCCGAAAGUGAUGAUAACAUACCUAGUACUUGUAGUAAAAGGAAACGUAAUAUAGAGAGUAGUGAUUCGGAUUCAGAUUUCAAAAGUAAACCGUCUGAAUAUCGUAGAAUGUCAGCUACAACCAGGACAACUGAACGUUUAAAACAAAGACAGGAACUAUUUAGAGAACUUAAAGAAACAAGACGAAAAUAGUCGUAGUGGUUAGCAAUGAUGUUACUGUUAAUUUUGUAUUACUUUUUAUCUUUAUUAUAUAAAAAAAAUAUCACACCUA